AUGUCCAUUUCUGACGGCGAAGGCAAUUUUGGGGACUUCGCUAUAACGGCUCAAGAUGACGCUUCUAGUACAUUGAGUAGUGAAGAGACGCCAACAGAAGAAAGUGAAAAUGUGACUUCGCCUGGAGGCUCCAUUAAACAAGGGGAUGGAAUUGGCAUGUGUGGGCUGACGGAAAUGGUUGCGCAAUGUCUUAGCGGCAACGGAAAAAAGAAUAAUGAGAACCAAACUGCUAGUUCGAGCCAAACUGACCCGCAGCCAUUUCUUCGCUCGUCGUUUUUCACUCACAUUCCACCUACUGUGCGCUUUUAUACGAAAGGAACAAGAGUCAGCAGACCAAAUCGAAAGCUGUGCAACCGAUUACAAUGGUGCCAUAACUCGCUACUCCCAAUUGUGAUGCGAAAUAGUCUUGCUGCCAGUCAUUUCAAGGUUGUCGAUGAAAGUUUGCAAUGGAUUGGAUACUGGGGUCGUCACUUGAAAAGUGUUCAAUAUAAAACUUUGAAGCCAAUUCAAAAGGUAAAUCAUUUUCCCGGAGCCUUCCAUAUUGGGCGUAAGGAUCGACUCUGGUUGCACUUGAAAGCUAUGCAAAAAACCUGGGGAGAUGAGUUCAAAGUUAUGCCAUACACGUAUGUUUUACCGAAAGAUGCCAAAGAAUUACGAGAUUAUCUCGAAUCGGAUCCGAAUCAUCAUGUUAUUGUCAAGCCGCCAGCUUCUGCACGCGGUACGGGCAUUUCAGUGACGCGGAAUCUCAAGGAAAUUCCUACGAAAACUGCUUUAGUGGCUCAACAUUAUGUGGCACGCCCAAUGACUAUCAAUGGAGCAAAGUUUGAUUUGCGUCUUUACGCUUAUGUGACGAGUCUUGAUCCACUUCGCUUAUAUUUAUAUGAGGAAGGUCUCGUGCGCUUUGCUAGUGUUCCAUAUUCUUCUUGUUUGUCAACGAUCUCAAAUCGUUAUAUGCAUCUUACAAACUAUUCAAUUAACAAGUUAGCCGAGGCUGAUGGAGUUGCCGAAGGAGCUGUACCAAAGUGGCGACUCUCGGAGCUGUGGACCUAUCUGGAUGCAAAUGGAUGGGAUGUUACCCAAAUUCAAGCCAUGAUUGACGACACGAUUAUUAAAGCCGUUAUCGCUUGUGAGAAGUCAGUUCGUGAGCAUAUGACUCGGUUCAUUGAUUGUGGGUUUGUCUGCCAUGAGCUAUUUGGUAUUGACAUCCUACUUGACGAGGAUGCCCGUCCUUGGCUAUUGGAGGUCAAUAUUUCUCCGUCGCUUCAUUCUGGAACACCUCUUGACAUUGCUGUCAAAGCGCCACUGGCAAAAGACGUGUUGAACAUGGCCGGGAUUCAGGUUCCCGCAGAUGAUGGUGGCUCGUUUUCUAGCUUUUGCGAAAAGCCAAGGUAUUGGCAGCAGGACAAAAAAACCAUGUCCAAGGAGCGGCACUUUGCUGGAAAAUACAAAAGAGAGGGCAGAAUUGGGAACUCGAUCACAAAACGUCUCACUCCGGAAGAUGUCCGAAUUUUGUGUGAAUUUGAGGACGAAUAUGCUAGAAAAGGAGAUUUCCGACUUUUGUUUCCAUCAUCAACUACGGUUGAGUUGCAACAAUACUUCCCCGAGGUUUUAUAUUCCAAUUUGCUUCUUCAGCAAUGGCAAAUUCUUCAAGACGAUGAUCGUCAAAUAGGAAUUGAUCGAUUAGAAGACUACUGUCGCGAUGGCUACUUAACAAAAUUUCUCGAAGAAUCUACAAUUCAGCAAGAGGACGUU